AGCUCACUCCCUCACUCCCUCACUCAGAUGCACCAAAUCUCCCUUCGACGAAGGUUCGCAGCCACUGCUAUUAGCUUCCUUCUUUGACCACAACACUAUCCCCAAUCAAAAACUCUUUUUACCCCUUUCAAUUUUUCUCGUAAACGCGUUUUAAGCGCUCUCUCUCUGUUUAGGUAUUCGAAUCCUCUCACCCAGAGGUCCGAGUCGUAUCAUGUAAUUGUGGGUUAUUGGUUUUUCGACUUUUAAGUUUCGAAGACUUUGGUGUUUUUGCUUCUUAUCCCUUUUGGGUUGCGGAUUUUGAUUUCCCUAAUUAGGGUAUUUUUUUUAAUUCUGGAAUUCAAUUGCCGGUUUAGAAUACCCAGAGGUUCGAAUCGUGUCAUAUAGUUUUGGGUUUUCGGUUUUGAUUAAAAAGGUUUGGGUUUUUGGUGUUGGGUGGUUGAGGGCUGUUUCUUUUUGCUCCGAUCGAGAAUGGGUGAGGCUUCGGAACCUGCUUCCGCUGAUUGUUUCAGCAAGAUGAUGUCGUCGAUGCCGGGUUUUCGCUUUCAUCCCACGGAUGAGGAGCUGGUGAUGUACUAUCUGAAGCGGAAGAUUUGCGGGAAGAAGCUGAAUCUCAACGUGAUUCGCGAAACUGAUGUGUACAAGUGGGAUCCCGAGGAUUUGCCUGGGCUAUCUAUACUGAGAACUGGAGAUAGGCAAUGGUUCUUUUUCUGUCACCGAGAUAGGAAGUAUCCUAAUGGUGGAAGGUCUAAUCGAGCAACCAAACACGGGUACUGGAAAGCAACAGGAAAGGAUCGUAAUGUGAUGUGCAAUUCUAGGGAUGUUGGAGUGAAAAAGACACUCGUUUACUAUGUAGGCAGAGCUCCUAAUGGUAAGCGGACUGAUUGGGUCAUGCAUGAAUACACCAUGGAUGAAGAGGAGCUCAAGAGAUGCCAGGGUGUUAAGGACUAUUAUGCACUUUACAAGGUUUACAAGAAAAGUGGACCUGGGCCUAAAAAUGGUGAACAGUACGGUGCACCAUUUAAUGAAGAAGAGUGGGCAGAUGAAGAUAUUGUAGAUUUUAAUAAUAAAGCAGCUGAUCGGGAGGCUCCUAAUGCUCUCACCGAGACUGUUAAUGACCAGAUGCAACGUUUGUUUGAUGAUGAAAUUGAUAUCAUUAAAGAAAUCUUGGAUGAUGAUCUUGUCCUUGACCCGCAGCAUGUGGGUGGUUAUCCUGACUUUCCUCAGGUUGUUACAGAAGAAACACAAAGUACUGUCGUGGAUCAAAUCUCUGAGGCUAUGAUAUUCCCUGAGCCAAGCAGAAUCUUUGAUUCUAACAGUCAGUAUUAUGAUGUGCAGCCCAGCUUUGACUUCAAUCAGUCAGAUACUUCUCAUUUGCAUGUUUCUGAAGCAUCUGAGGUCUCUUCUGCUCCCAACAUUCAAAUUGAGGGGCUUGACUUUCAAGAGGAUGGCUUCUUGGAAAUUAAUGAUCUCGUUGAUACUGAACCUGCACUUUCGAAUGUGGAAAAGCCCGUGGAGAACCUGCAGUAUGAAGAUGGGUUAAGUGAACUUGAUCUGUUCCAAGAUGCAGAGAUGUUUCUUCGUGACUUGGGGCCAAUUCUUCACGAAACAGAUUCCCAUGUGUAUUUGAAUACCCAUUACAACAAUACUGAAAAUCAAAAUUACCAGUUCUUGCCCAAUCCAGAGGAUGCCAAUCAAACCGAUGGUGAAUUCUGGAUGCGUGGUGACGGAAACACCCUCAGUCCAUCAGAAGGCUUUGUUGAUUCUUUAUCUCCAUCGAACCCAGGUGUUGUAUGUGAAUCUGUCAGCUUUGCUACCGAAGGCAAUAACAAUCAAAGUAGCACCGUAGAAGACAUUGCUACUAGUAGAUUCUCCUCUGCUCUCUGGGCCUUUGUUGAGUCAAUACCUACUACUCCUGCAUCAGCUGCUGAAAGUGAUUUGGUGAACCGAGCUUUGAAUCGAAUGUCUAGCUUCAGCAGGGUAAAGACCAAACACACAAACUUUGCUGCAGGUAACGACACUGCAACUGUGAAGAGAGCAGGCAGAAAGGGACUUUCAUUCCUUUUCUUCUCAAUUAUUAUUGCUUUAUGUGCUUUCAUGUGGGUUUCUAUUGGAAAUUUAAGACUAUUAGGGAGAUGCAUCUCUCCUUGAAUAUGUAAAUCUGAAGUUUUGCUUCUAGGUAUAUUAUAUCUGGGAUCUACCCAGAAUGAAUGAAAACACUAAAACAGUGUUGUUCUAACAUAUUCUGAAAAUAAAAAAAAAUCUUUGUGAAUAUUGAAGUCGGGAUCAAGUGUAGGGUAAGAGCCUAAUCGGCCUUGUAUAGGAUUUUGCUGGGCGAAUUGGCAAUUUCAUUCACAAAACUUCCACCUAGUUGUUAAUCUUGUCUAAUCUUAUUUUCGGAUUAGUUUAUUUAGUUUGGUUUAGCCCCAUGCCUUGUAUUGUUUUCAUUAACCUGAAGAGAGCACUUUGUUUUCGAGAGUAAUUGUACGUGGAUCUAGAUCACCUUAUGUGAAAUGUGUAUGAUGAUGUAUAUUUAGGCCCAGUUAAACGUCUAUGCUUGUAAUGAUCUUUUUUUGUUUGUAAAUAUUGUUAUUGUUCAUACUUCUUGAUAAAUAGAUGUGUCCUGAAUCUCUGAUUUGCAAGUAAAUAGCAUAGUUUUGAACAUUGGACCGAACCGACUGUUUUGAUUGGUUUAUCUGAGAAUUGAUCAAGUUAUCACUAUCAGAUUAAAAAUAGGUAAGUACAGGUCUAAAUAAACGGUUUGAACCAAUGUUUCAGAAAUAUUGUUUUUUUUUUUUUUGCUUAUAUAUGAAAUUUAUGUAUGGGUUGUUUUUAUUUAGUUGUUUAUUGUGAAUUUUAUAUUUUAUAAGACUAUUAUUUUAGUUUAAAUUUACAUUUUUAUGUAACUUUUUUUAUAAUUUCAUAUUAAUUUACUAUUUGAUAUGUUCAUAUAAUAUUGAAUACAUAUACUUAAUUGCCAUUGGUUGGAAUUUGGUCUAAUUGUGGUUGAGUCAAUGGAACCUUGAUAGAGUAAAUACUCCUUCAUUCAUUGGAUUUUAGUCUAAUCUAAAAUGAAAGUGAAGUUCAACUCUCGAGAAACCUAAGGAAGCAAAGAAUAUGUAGCAAAUAUUAAAAUGAGUUAAUAUUUUGGGGAAUCCUUGAAGGCAACUGUUUGUCGGCCUUGUGGUGGUGUAGAUUGAUAAGUUCCAAAUAUGUAUUCCUUCUAAUAUGAAAUAUUUGUUGUCGUAGCAAAAUAUUGUGUCAAUUUUUCGUCAAAAAAUAGUAUAUUAAUUAUAUUUGUUUAUUGAUGGUUUGAUAAAAAUGAAUUAGUGCAUUAAUGAAGCAAUAAUAUGCUGAGUAUUUUAACAAAAAAUGACUUGAUCAAAUGAAUUAAAGAAAACAAAAAGGAAAUUUCAUAGAAGCCUUUUUACACCAUUAUCUUUGCACCAAAGGAUUCCAUUUUUCACUUGCAAUCAAUUGAUUUGCAUUGUUUUUUUAGUGAAGGUAUUCUACACGCUUAAAUUUUAUUUUAUUUUUUGUAGAAGGGUUAUCAUUGUACCUUUUAUCUAAUCAUGCAAGGAGCAAUGGGUCUGAUCCUUAUUGUCAUAAUUAUGCAUUAUUAAAUUUGGGUAAAUUAAGUAUUAAUAAAUAUUUAUUUUAUAAUCAACAUAUAAUUUUAAUAUGGAGUUUUGUAAAUUUAAUGUAGCUUAUUAGAACUUGCAAUUCAGAUAGAGUGGCAAGAAGAACCCUUCGUACAUGACAUAUUCCGAUUGAGAAUACCUCUUCGAAUUCAAGUACUCUACACAAAGACUUCAGCAUCUACAGUUUCUUUCGUUUCCCCUCUUUUUGGGUUGCAACAAUAAAAACAAAAGUUGCAAUUUUUAACAAUGC